AUGGAUUUUGAGGCUCAACUGCUAGGCAAAAAUUUUGUUAAAAUUGUUGUGAUUUCAAUAGUAUGUCUCUUCGGUCUGGUCCAACCCUCUCUGGGGACCACCAUACCAAGUAGCUCCUCGGGACUACUCAUUCCCAGCAAUGUAACAGAUCAGACUUUCUACAAAGUCGAGGGAAUCAUACUGGCUGCGGAUAGACGCCUCAACCUGGACAGCAGUUGGAUGUCGGACAUCACCCUGUCGAUAGACAAUGGCGACAUCAAGGGAUUCGUGCGACUGGACGGAAGAUUCGUGAUAAGCGGGGUGCCCAAUGGCAGUCACAUUCUGGAGGUGCAGCACCCGGAAAUCCACUUCCACCAGGUGAGGAUCGAGAUCACCGGGAAGGGCAAGUACCGGGCCAGGAAGGUCAACUACAUCCAGCCCUCGAUGGUCAGCCACAUGCACUACCCACUGCGCCUCCAUCCGCUCUACCGUCGCAAGUACUUCUGGACCCGCCAGCAGUGGCACUUCAUGGAUCUCAUCCUGAACCCCAUGGUCCUGAUCAUGGUGGUGCCCCUAAUCCUCAUGAUGAUCGUGCCGCGGAUCAUCAACGAUCCGGAGACCAAAAAGGAGCUGGAGAACAUCCAAAUCCCGAAGAUGAACGACAUGCCGGACUUUGGGGACAUGCUGUCCUCCUUCCUGUCAGGGAACCAACCCGUCCCAGAACUAGAACCGAAGAAGAUUCCCGAGAAACCCAAAAAGAAAGGCCAUUAA